UCAGAUUCACUAAGGGAGCACAGCACAUCAUCAACCAGUUUAAUCCAGUUACCAACUUGUUUUGUGGCUGGGACAAACUUACAGACACUUGAGCUCUAGCGAAGGUUAACUAACUAACCGGAUGUGAAAGGAGAUGAAAUUAUAACCAAAAUUACACACUCUGAGUCCCGUCCCCCAAAACUCAGUUAUUCUCGCUAUAUAUACGUUUGCCUGUAUUUCUUCCGACAAUGAAUUCAAUAUAGCUAUAACCUUUACCUUUCAGACGACAUGGGUCCUCAGGUUUUGUUUUGUCCAGCAAGUUUCACCAUCAGAGCCACAGCUCAAACAGCCAUCGUAACCUGGGAUGCACCGAUCUUUAAGGACAACAGUCUGGGCAUUAUUGAACCACAGUGCAGCAGACAGAGUGGAGAUUCCUUCUACUGGGGGGACUGGAACAUAUACUGUCGAGCGCAUGACAAUAACCCAAACAAUGAGCCAGCAGUGUGUAAUUUUGUUGUAACUGUCAAACCUCGACCUUGCAGAGCGAGACGCCCACCAAAGCACGGCGCUAUGGCUUGCGAUGAUUGGAUGUUUGGAAGAUUUUGUUCCCCAUUCUGCAAUGACCUGUAUGACUUUGCACAGGCUUUGCCCCUUUUUUCAGUGUGGGCAUGCGGGGCGAGUGGAGUGUGGUUACCACCUGGCAAUUGGCCGGACUGCGCAGGUAUUAAUUAUGAAUUACUCGUUAUUCUGUGCCCAACAAUGUUUUGAAAUACCGUCCCAAAUUUUGGCACCGUGGUCCAAUGCUUCUGGCCUAAAAUUAACUCGACGUUUUAAAGGCAUGGCCAUCCAGUCCAAGAUUUCUAAUUUUCAAUCCAUGAAUUACACCCACCUUUUCAAUUUCCGAGCCAUUUGCUACGGAAUAAGUGACUUUAUAGCGGAGCUCCGGCGGCUCGAAGGGCCACCAAGCGGAG